GGCGAAUCGCGAAUUGUUUAUUGACAGCGCCAGGUCGUGUUUGCUUCGUAGUCGAUAUACGACGUCUCGUGCAUUUGUUUGCUGGGUACCCAAUCGCGUGGUCAAAGACACAUCGUACCUAAUCCACCAUGGCUACUAUUGCUGUUGCGAAUGAGACUAAGAGCACCUCUGUCCGCACUACAAAAGAUGGCCGGCAGGUCCGCUACAACUUACAGGUGAUCCAGCAGCCGGAGCGUGCCCGUGCUUGUGGCAGUGGUGCAAAGUCCAGUGCUGAUCGACGUCCUGUCGACCCACCGCCAAUUGUCGAGCUGCGUGUCUUUGAGAACGACCAGGAGAUCACCUUUGCCUACAAUGCAAACUUCUUCCUGCACGCCAGUAUCGAGAAUGCCCGCGCCAUUGCCCCAGGACGUGCCCCACCGGCCACGCCCAGCUUCCCCGUCCUCACCGGCACUCCCGUCGCCGGCAUGGCUUACCUGGACCGCCCAACUCCAGCAGGCUACUUCAUCUUCCCGGAUCUGUCUGUCCGCCAUGAGGGCAAGUACCGACUGAGCUUUUCUCUGUUCGAAAACCUCAGUGAGGUCAAGGACUUGGAUCCCGAGGACCCCGACGUCAUCUGCGACGGCAACAACUUCGUGAGCCACCGCGCUGAAGUCAAGUCGGCGCCCUUCACUGUGUUCUCGGCCAAGAAGUUUCCCGGACUGUCUGAGAGCACGGCUCUGAGCCGCAUGGUCGCCGAGCAGGGUUGCCGUGUUCGCAUCCGACGCGAUGUCCGUAUGAGGCGCCGGGAGACCAAGUCUACCAAGGAAUGGAACGAGUUCGACGACGAGGCUGGCGGUUACGACGAAGUUCAGCGCGCUGCGUCCCCGGACAACUACACUCAACAGCAGGCUGUUCCUCUAGACUCUGACCGUCCCCGCUCCGUGUCCAACGCCAGUAACCCCUCCUUGGCUCCUCCACGUCGCCCAAGUAUGGAUGAGCUGGCGCAGUCUUACCAGACCAAUAACGGUUAUCAACAUAUGCCUCCACCGCAGAACUCAGCAUAUCCUCAGAUGCAAUCGUAUGGCUCAAAUCAGAACCAAUACCACACACAGUACGCACAACAACACGGUGGCAUGGUGCAGCCACCGCAUGCCCAAUAUUCUCACCCAUCUCAGCCGCUUCACAACAGCUACCAGAACCAAAACGCCGUGCAAAUGAACCAGGCCUACGACUACCAAAACUACCAGCAAUCUCACUACGGGCAAUCACACCAGACUACUCGCCAGGAUUCGGCCACAGACUACACUCAUCCUGCCGAUUAUCGCAGAACGUCUAUUGCCCAGCAACAGCCUGCGCAGCAAUAUCCUGGUCCAAGCCAAAUGAUCCCGCCAUACAGCCCGAUGGAUCAGUACAACCGCCCUCAACAGAUGCACCAACCUAUCCAGCCUAUGCACAACCCUGCGCACAUACCUUCCCUAUCUGGCCCAAGCAAUGUGCACAUCUCUAACGGCCAUCCUUUGCCUGCGCUGAAGACACUGCAACCCCCACCGAAGAUGGAAAAGUCGGAGCCAGUCUCACCCAUGUACCAGUCGCCGCCUGGCAUGAUAUCGUCCGCACCCAUGUCGGCCAACUCAGACGCGCAAAGUAACUACCCCAUGUCGCACGCCGCCUCUCACCUCCCGCCAAUGUCCACAGCCAGCAACAAACGAUCCUUCGCAAGCACCUUCGACACCAGGCACAUGAACGAGCGCCUGACGCAAGGCGCACGGCCCAACCUCUCGGUCUCAUCCUCCACCCACGACGAGCCCGACAUGGAACCCCCAAUGGACCGCGCGGCCAUGAACUACCGCCGAGCAGAUGGCACACGGAUCCAGCGCCGCGUACCCGACAUUGGCGUCUAAGUCCAACGCCAUUAUCACUUUUGCGAUGUGCUUCCCAGCCAUCAUGUUUCUGACCCCCAACUUGUUCCGAGGCUUUCUCCCUAGGCGUUGUCAUGUCUGAUGUCUCUUUACUGUUUUGUAUUCUUAUACCCCCCGUGAUCUAUGCAUGCGCG